AUGGCGGUGACAAACGUAGCGGACCUGACCAUCGUGCCGGUCACGCCGGCUCAGGCCCGCGCGGCCUCGGACAACAUGUAUCCGCACUGGGGCCAGCCCAACGGGGUUGUCUCGACGGACGAGUACAUUAAGGCGUUUGACAGCAUCGCAGCGACAGGACCGUGGGACACGGCGUACACUGCCUGGGCCCUCGUCCCGCGCUCCGACCCCACCACUGUAGACAUUCUGUCGCACUGCCAGACGUUCCGGAGACGCGCAUUCGUCGUACAGCCAGGCAGUGACACAGUGAAACAAGUCACGUCGUACGUGGUGGCUCACGUCUUCACGCCACCCGAGAAGCGCAGCAUGGGGAUGGCGCGGCACAUGCUCCGUCUUCUCCACUAUACCCUCGCUCCGAAAGACGACCUGCCCACCUUUCCCAAGGCGUGGGGUGCUCCGCCGACCACGCACUAUGGCGAUGCGGCCUUCUCGGUGCUGUACUCGGAUGUUGGGCCGGACUUUUACCAAGGCUGCACCGUUGGAGAGGACAGGCCCGGUUGGGUCGCUACGCCAACAGACAAACGCACCUGGCCGGUCGGACAGGGAGAGAGCACAUGGGAUCCAGAAUGGGAGGCUAUCGAUCUUGCACAAGCAAAGCAACUCGAGGUCACUGCCACCGCUGCCAACUGCCAGGCAAUGCCGCGCACUGGGGACCGGACACGGACUCGGGUCGCGUUCGAGUACACCAACGGGUCGUUCAGGUUCUCACCUGUGCGCGGUGCGGUCAUCGAUGUCGCGUCCCAUAAGCGCAAGAACCUCGAUGGCCUUACCGUCGGGGUUCGCUUGGGUGCUCCUUCCGGCGUGGAACGACCUUACAUCAUCUAUACCGCUCGUAUCCGAGGUGGUGCUGGCACGAAGAAGAUGCGCAUCGCCCACGUACAGCACCCUGUGCCCUUUGACGCGCUUCUUCGCGUUGCCAGAGCGGCUGGCGCCCAGGAGAUUGAGCUCUGGGGAGACGACUCGUCCUGGGAUGCAGAGGAGCAUGAGGUCACAAGGGAAAAGGAGAUACCAUGUCUUGCGUCAUACUCCCUGGGCAAGAAUGUCGAGUGGCUUUGGUGCGAGCAGUGA